AUGAACGUACCCAUCACCUCUAUCAGGUCAGGUCUCUUGGAUUUUGAGCAUGAGAAGGAAAUUCCGUUGGCGACGGAUCAUGUAGGAACGGCAUGUUUCAAAGGCCAAGAAGCGACUACAAGACAAAGCUUCAUCAAAGAACUACAAGCAUCGACCUCGAUAGCUCGACAGUUAUCUCUCAUGGCGGAUGUUCCGUUGCACGUGGAGGAAGAAACGCUGAUCCAGGUCAAUGGAUUCUAUGAGGAUACAGCUCGCGGUGUUAGCGAUGAAUCUCCUUUGAAGCUAUGGUCUACUAAAACCCGACUCAGUGAUUAUCUAAAGGACGGACCUACGAUUUGCUUAGAAUCUCGGUUAACAAGCACCGGUAGAGUUACUUCUGGCUCGUUCGAUGAUUCAUCAGUCAGCAGCUUCGAUAGUCGACCAUCGUCGGCCAUGGCAGGUUCUGAGUACAGCUCUUUCGAUGAACUGGACCCGGAAGGUGUUGCGGCAGCCCACAACAAGAGCAUUCCAUCAAGGCCAACCAUGAAGAGGAGUCGCAGCUAUCUAGCUCAGCCUUCACCCAGAAUUCAUGUCUCAGAGCCUGCUGUAGAGAGCUACUUUGAUGAGCAAAUUGGGGAUUCAGCAUCCAAGGACAAUAAUACAGAGCCGGGAGGCGGUACCCAUGUUGAAAAUGUGGCUAGGGUUUCGUCGCAAUCCAAAAGCCUUCUUCCCGUACCAAAGCCUACCAGAGAACGACUUGAUCAAAGUCGAUGCGAAAUUCCCCGAGCUGCUCCUCGAUUUGACCGUCCCGAACCGGGUAGCGAGAAACUUAUCUGGAUACACGUUCCGUAUACACAUACGGGAUGGGUGCCGCCAGUCCUAUCCAAAGCGUGUGAAGAGGAGCAAAGACCUGAAUUUUUCAGGAAGUUCAUAAAUGAAGAAAAUUGGUAUUCAAACCUUGUCAGGGCGCGUCAUUUAGAACCCCAUGCUCGAUUUGUACGACCUACAUGUAUCCAUUCCAGACAGGAUAACCCUACGACUGUUGACAAGGAAGAGGACAUUCAGGAUCCUCAGCUUGCCAUAUACCUUCCCUACCUUCAUUGGGACACAUACUGUAACCUGCUUCAGCGGCGGAACGCUGUCGAGAAGCGAUUACAACAAGGACGAUCAAAGCCAGUCCCUGAUUCAAUAUCCAAGGCCAGUCAUGAAUCGCAAUUGAUUUGGGAAUUUCUAGGUAGCGAGCCUCCUAUCCAUAUACGGAGAACCUUGGACCAGUAUGGGUAUCCGAAUCUGCGAUCAACAGUGGCCAGAGACGAUGACCAAAUGCUGUGGAAACGCACAAAGAAGUUGGUUGACCCGAAUGAGGAGCUCGGACAAUUGUCAUCCUUUCAAGAGACUGGUGAUCCGCCAAAGCCAAUUAUGGAUGGAAAGGUCCUGAUGGUAGACCAACUCUGGUUAUGGAUUGUGGACCCCAGAACCGUCGUUACUUUUUUCCCCAAGCAAGAAGCCACUACCGCCGAAGGAAAACUAUACGAACAGGCCAACCUAUUUAACAGUAUCUAUAACGAACUUAAUGGAGACCUUGCAAGGCGAUUCGAGACUGCUGGCGACCUAGCUGCACUGAUAGUGUUGCACGCAGUCACUGUUCUCUUGGAUAGGACCCUGCAUCAUGACCUGCAGAUACUCCGGAUAUUCGAAGAAUCCAUCAGCAUCCUGAUUGAGUCCAUGACCAGAUCAUUCAAGCGUUUCCGAGGCCGAGGAUUUAUUGUCACACCCUCGGAUUACAACAAAACCUCUGGUGGAAAGCCAAUGACUACGGAAGAGCGCUUUGAAAGAGACUAUCGGAUUGUUAACCAACAUCGCGCGGACCUUUCAACCCUCUUAGAGUUGAGGGAUAUUGUGGACGAGCUAGGAACGGUAUUGAAGCUUCUCGAACAACAGUCAGUAACUGUUAAAAUAAUGGCCAGCUACUUUGAAGAGAAAGGGUACGGUAAGGCUUUCAUUGAAUCUGCCCUCUCGAGACUUGAGGAUUACCACGCCCAGGUUCUGGAGAUGAAAGACAACGCAUACUCAGCACAGAAGGAUGCUGAAAGCCUUCUCGACAUCAAACAAGAACAAGCCAACAUAGACGAGUCCCGGAUGGCUCGAUGGCAAGCCGAAGUCACACGCGAUCAAUCCCAGUCCGUCAUGGUCUUCACUAUCUUCACUGUGAUGUUCGUGGCUUCACUAUCAUUACCAUUAGGGAUCAGUGCUGAUGAUCAGAACAGCUUCCUACCGUUGUCCUUCUUUACUUCACUCUUUGGCAUCAAUGUUCGUGAAUGGAGCGGCGAAGAGACCAACCUAACCAUGUCCCAAAUGUUGUCCAUUGCAGGCCCAACCUCCUUCGCAAUCAUCAUAAUCGCCCUAUUAAUGGCCUUCAGUGAACGACUCCGCGAUAUUACAGCAAAGACUCAAAAAGUUGCAUUUGGCGUAACCAGAGAGUUCAUUUUCCGUCCCUUAGGCAUGAUGCUCCACAGGAACAGGAACAAAUCGAACACAAAGAAACAGAAGGCCACUCCAUCGAUUAAUACUGAACGCACUACUAGAAGGGAACGGUUCGGUCGAUAUCUCGGAAACCGUCAACUUAAAGAUGACGAUAUCUGGGAUCGGCAUGAAGACCGGGUGAUAUCGCCACUACCUCCGCCUGUUCUGGGCUCCGAUGGCGAGAAAGUGGAUUAUGACGCUGUUGGAAAGGAGAGGCGGCUGGAUCGCGAAAUGGCAUAG